AUAUUUUAUGUGUGUAAUGUGUUAAGAAUGGGUUUUAUUUAAAUUUGCUUUGUGUAGUAUUUUAUUCUAAUUAUCGCCACAUCAUCGUUUAGUUACAUUUAUCUAAUUUCCUGUGGUCUUCGAAAAUCAAACUACUACGUACUACCUACUACUAGAUACCUAGUUUCAGUAAAUUGAAAAUUUUCCUUAUAAUAUUCGCCUCUCGGUGAUUAUGAACUUUUUGUAAAAGUUUCUAAUUUUCCUUCUUUGAAAUGGAUGAUGAGCUUAUCGACAUAUCAACAAGCUUAAAACUGCAGUUAGGAUAUGGUGUUGGUCAUAUUCUUAACGAUGUUUGCGCGAGUUUGUGGUUUACAUACCUGUUGGUAUUUUUUCAUUUAGUGCUUGAAUUUAAUGCCUCCCAGGCAGGAAAUUUAAUGUUGGUGGGGCAAAUAGUAGAUGCUUUAUCGACGCCGUUCGUUGGAUAUCAUUCAGACCGUACUGAUAAUUCGCUUAGUCUUCGAUAUGGGAGAAGAAAAUUAUGGCAUUUAUUUGGUACGGUUUGCGUCUUGGCAUCAUUCCCUUUCAUUUUCUCGGAAUGUAUUGGAUGUUCCUCAACGCACAAAUGGGCACAAAUGUUCUAUUACUCAGCAUUCAUUAUGAUAUUUCAAAUUGGAUGGGCUUCAGUCCAAAUAUCACAUUUGGGUUUGAUACCUGAACUGUCUGAAGAUGGCCAUACUAGAACUCAUCUUACUGCUGUUAGAUACGGGUUUACAGUCUUUUCAAAUCUAUUUGUCUAUGUUAUCACGUGGGUUGUUUUACGACUCACUGGCGAUUGUGAUAAGCAGCAAGUGGGGCCAACAGACGCAUGGAAGUUUAAGAAUAUUGUAUAUAUAGUAUUAGUAAUUGGUGUACUGGCUACUAUUGUAUUUCACUGCAUGGUACAUGAAAAGCCAUAUAGACGUCAAGAGUUCUUAAUUAACAAUAACAAUAAUGGUGCACAUGGUGACUUUUUACGCAAGCCAUUAUUAUAUCAGAUAGGAGGAAUAUACAUGAGUACGCGACUCACAGUAAAUGUGGCACAGGUUCUUGUUCCUUUGUACCUACAUCGUACGCUCGGUCUGGCCGCUCGUGCGCUCGCUGUUGUACCACUCGCUAUGUAUCUUGGCAGCUUAACAGCCGCAGGCGUUCAAAGAUUGGCUCCACGAUCAUUUACGCGAAAAUUCAACUACUUCAUUGGCGCGGCUUGUGCAGCAAGUGGGUUUAUUUGGAUUUAUUUCGGAUCUGGCAGUACAUAUAAAAACGACUUUAUUUAUGUUGUUGCUGUACUUAUAGGUUUUGGUGGAGCAAUUAUGUUAGUAACAAGUCUAGCUCUCACAGCAGAUUUAGUAGGCUCGAGAACUGAAGCGUCAGCCUUUGUCUACGGCCUAAUGAGUUUUAGUGAUAAGUUGGCGUGUGGAGUAGCGAUUGCUGUGAUUCAAUUAUAUGCACAAGAGGCUGAGUCAACAUAUUAUCGUGACGCACUGUCUUGGGUAUGUGGAGGUGCAUGUAUGUUAGGGUUGACCUUAACACUUUUGCUGCCUAAACUCACCUCUAAUGCUUUAAUCGCAGAUUCAUCCAUAAACAAUGAAGAGGAAAAUGUAGAAUCGCCAACAAAUAUAUGAUUAUAUUUUAAAUAUAACAAACACGUAUUUAGAAAAACAUUCCACGUAUGCUUAGCAGAAUUUAUUACUUGUGAUAUUAUAUAUAAUGACAAAAGCGGCAUGUUUCUCUUAAGUUAAAAUGUAUUUACACUCAAGAUCUAUUUAAGUAUUCUAUUGUAUUUCGUAGACUUUGUUCCAAGUGAUUAGAAUUUUUUUUAACUUGUUUUUAAUAAGGCCUGUAACACUCGGGUGUCAAUGUUGGCCUUGUGAUGCCUGGUCCCUGUGGAUUGGUAUUUGGUGUAACUGCCUGAUGUCCGCAACUCGACGUCCAGGCGCCUAUUUUACGUGUGGUGGGUGCAGGGUCCUACUCGUGUCACCCUUAGUUACCGCAAUACACAGGAAUCUUAGCCACCUCCUUGGUUCGAUGAAAACUUCGGGGAGCGACCUCGGCACUCCAAGGUACUUCGCUCUGUAGUUGUCCAUGCCAGAGCACUGUAGUAGGAUGUGCGCAACCGUUUCAUGUAAGGACCAUGACCCUUUAGGGUGGCAGUUAGAGUGCGAAGCUCUUGCCCUUUAAGUUUGAUUAAUCUGCGAGAUAGAUUGGCGUUGAGCGUUGGGAGUUAACCCUAGUCUGUCUACAAACCGUGAGAAUUGGCUGAAUAUGUGUUAUUAAAUGUGAGAAGAUUUCGUACCUUUGUGUAUGUGUUGUUCUUGACCAUUGGUAGGGGAGGGAUACCAUAGGUUCUGGUACAGGGGCGUCCGUUUUCGACCUUUUCUGGCCUGUCCAUCUGCUGCGUUAUUGCCACAUGAGACGCUGUGUCCUUUAAUCCACUAAUAGAGUUACAUGGUUGUGUAUACAUAACUCGAUGAAAGCUUGAUGACAUUCAUAAAUAUACCCUGAGUAUAUGUCAUAGCUGUUCAGUGCUUGAAGUACUGAUAUGCUAUUGGUUUGCUCCUAGAAGGAAGGUGGGGGGAGGCCCUCCAGGUGGGUUCGCAACUCAUCCUGUUGACCGUACUGGUGCACUCUCAGUCCACUCCUGCCAUCCACUAGAGGCCUCACCUCUCCCUCCUUCGGCCGGGGGUUGUUUGUGUUUUUGAGGCGCUCGCGUUCCCUGAGACGACUUCUCUUAUUCUUGCGGGCAGGGCGUCCUCUGCUCCCACUGAGGGCUGGAGGUGGUUGCUCGCCGUGACUACUUACCCUUUCCCUAUGGAUGGGUGCCUUGGGUUUGGGCUUGCGACUCUCUAGGGUCAACCCUGGCACAAGAGCUGUUUGUGGGGUUCUGCAUUGAUGUGUGCACGGGCGCCGCAGAACCAGGGGUUCGGGCCACUGCCGCUGUUACUGGUGUGGUGCUAGCACCAACAUCGGUGCUUGGUUGACCUUGUUUAGGUAAUGUUGAUCACUUCGCGCCCUCACUGAUAAGACUCAGACUGAAGAUGAGGGUGUACCGGCUAAUUCCUUGGGCAUACUGUGACUACGUGUAUUCAUAGACUGUUCAAGACCUUUGCACGCGCGGAGGUGGAAUAACACACGCUUCCCCGUUGAUUAUUCUACUCUCGUGUCACCCCAUAGGGAAGCAAGAUGUCACAUAUGAGUACAGAGUUUUAGCCCUCUGCCAACAGGUCACGUAGCACAACAUUUAACUCUCCAAUCUACCAUAAAAUAUAUUAUAUCUCCUAAUUUAAAAUGCCACAUUAUGGUCAAAUUCCAUAAAAUGUAGCAUAUCUUCGAGUUUGUUACAAAAUUGACUUUAUGGAUAUUCCGCUCUUUUAAUAGAUGAUUUAUUUAAGGGAAUGUGGCCAGCACGACGACUAAAAGUCAAGACCAAUGUAUUUCUAGAAAGCGUGCUGUCCUCAAACCAGGGCUUUCGCAGUAGCCGCUCUUGAACUGUUUAAUACCAAAUUCCUUUCACUGCAGAAAAAGAUGUUAUUUUUAUCAUGACCAAACUUUUCUUCUGUACCUAGUAAAUAUUUUAUUGUUAGUGUUGAGUAAAUGUCAGAAAAAUUUUAAAUGGUGAUUUUUUUCAGAAAAAAGUUGUAAUAUACUUAGGAAAAAAUUGUAAAAAUGUAUUUUUUCCACAAGAUUGUCCAGCAAUAGUUUU